AUGCAUCUCUCUUUCAUCUCCAUCCCCCUCGUACUCUCCUCACGACAACAACAAGCCUCCGCACUACAGAUAUCCAAUCUCUCCCUAUGCGCUCACAAAUGCGUCAUAGAAACCACCACCUUCCACGGCUCUAACAGCGAAUUCUGCGCGCUAACCGAACCCGCGUGUACCUGCUACCGCCGAAACAGGCUCGUGGUCGGCCUGGGCGCUUGCGGCGAUGUGGAAGCGGAUGGGGCGGUGAUGGAUGCGGGGUGUGGGGCGCAAGACUUUGAGGACGCAGAAGUGUAUUUGGGGGGUUUGUGUGGGAGUGGGAGUGUGAGGGGUGGUGGAGAUGGUGUUCGUAAUGGUGUGUCAAGUGAAUCCCUUCCUGUUUCGGCAACGACAUCAUCGGCUGGGGAGACCAGUAUGUUGGAGACGACUGGGGGUGAGAGUAUGAAGAUGAGUAUGAGUCAGGGUGAUGAGGGGUGGGUGGUCGUGGAGACUAUGAUUACGAAUGUGCCUACGCCUGCGACUUCGAAUAACGCGGCGGUAUCUUCUCGUAUCGUGAGCGAGGCUCCUGGAACCACCACUACGGAGAUAUACAGUGAGAGCAGAGCACAAGACUCCGCUCUUGCAAGCACCAGUAACAUGGAUGUUACGCCGACUUUAUCAGCACGGCCGAAACAGACACAAACACAAACAUCCGCCCGGCGCCUCUCUUCCAGCGCCAAAGUCGCUUUAGCAGCAGGUGUUCCGUGUGGCGUAAUCUUCUUCGUGGGCAUAGCCGCAGGCGUGCGAAUGUUGUCUUUACGGAGGAAAGUUAAAGAAGCGAAUGAGGUCACGUGCAACCAAAUAAGGCCAAACAAGGAUGGAGAGAAGAGCUUGGAACGUGAACUUGACGGGUUCGAUACGUCGAGGCACGAGAUGGAAACGGAUAGCAAUAGGGUUGAGCUACAUGUCGCAGUCGAGACGCAUGAAAUGGAGACGCAUGCUAAUAGGGUUGAACUACAUGGGGCAGUUGCGAGAUAUGAGUUGGAUGGACGAUAAGUCUUGGAAGAUGGUUGAUGUGCUGGUGGCGUUGUGGACAUAGGCUGGCUGUGCAGUCUUCCGAAGAGCGUAUCGACUCAUGGUCGCCUCCGGGCCUUGAAUUCCCGACGCGCUACCUAAUGCAUGCUCAUCCGAUCGAAGCGC